AUGAACACGAUCAACCCCACCGACAACGAGUGCCAAUACACAUACAAACCGUGCACGAACCCGCGGUCGAGAAAGAAGAAUGGGUCGCUCCACUCGUUCUGCGAGUACCACCGACAAAAAGCCAACGCGCUCCAAAAAGCACAUGACGCGAGAAAGCGCCUUCGCGAGGCAGACGCGGCGCGAGGAAUUGCAGCGUCUCGGCCGGCACCGAUCGAAGAAACCAGAACUAUCGCUACCUCAGCAUCGUUUGGCGUCGACGACAUGCGAUUUAUGAGCGAGUGGCUGCUCGAUGCCAAUAACGUCGAUGCCGACGACUACCUCGACGGUACCAGUCCCUUGACCACCGAGGACUAUGCCAUCUUGUGCGACAUCUUUCGAGGGCCUUGA